AAGGAAAAGUUUGUACACAAAAUGGGUAAUAUCCGGUCAUCACUUCACAACUCCCAACUUUGGAAAGUCAAAAAUCAGCCGAAAUGGUAGUAGUAGAAUGAGCCGAGAAGCAAGAGGUAGCGUAAAUAAAUAUCAUUUCUCCCGCCAUAUACAUCUUUAACAAGAUUGAAAUUUACAUCUCCAACGCAUAAAUAUAUAUAUAUAUAUAUAUAUAUUCAUUUCUUGUUUACAUUUCCAUCUAAUCUAUCUAACUUAAUAAUAAUAAUAAAGUCAAAUUAAAAAUCAACCAAAAAAAAUGGAGUUACCGGUGAUUGAUCUUGGGCCAUAUUUAGAUCGAAAAGAUGAGACCCAAAUGAAAAGUGUGUGUAAAGAAGUGAGUCAAACAUUGAGUGAAACAGGGGCUUUGUUAGUCAAAGAUCCAAGAUGUUCUGCUCAAGAUAAUGAUCGGUUUCUUGAUAUGAUGGAAAAGUAUUUUGAACAGCCUGAUGAUUUUAAAAAGAAACAAGAACGGCCCCAUCUUCAUUAUCAGGUUGGUGUGACACCAGAAGGUGUUGAAGUUCCUCGUAGUUUGGUUGACGAGGAAAUGCAAAAGAAGCUGAAAGAAUUGCCAGAAGAGUCUCAGCCAUUGACUCCAACAGGUCCCGAUCCUAAGUGGCGGUAUAUGUGGAGAGUUGGUCCUCGGCCAUCAACUACGCGGUUUCAGGAGCUGAACUCUGAGCCAGUUAUACCUGAAGGUUUCCCUGAAUGGAAAGAGACUAUGGAUACAUGGGGUUCUAAAAUGAUAUCUGCUAUUGAGGUUGUUGCUGAAAUGGCAGCUAUUGGUUUUGGUCUAUCAAAGGAUGCAUUCACUGGUCUAAUGAAGCAGGGUCCUCAUCUUCUUGCUCCAACAGGAAGUAACCUUCAACGACAUGGCAAAGAGGGUACUGUGUUUGCAGGAUACCACUAUGACCUUAACUUUUUAACAAUUCACGGCCGAAGUAGAUUCCCUGGUCUAAGUAUUUGGCUAAGGAAUGGCAAGAAAGUUGAAGUGAAGGUUCCAGUUGGGUGUUUACUUAUUCAGACGGGAAAACAGAUAGAAUGGUUGACUGCUGGAGACUGUAUAGCUGGUAUGCAUGAAGUCGUCGUAAGUAAAAGAACAAUCGAUGCAAUUAAUAAAGCAUCCCAGGAAAAUCGAAGCCUCUGGAGAGUAUCCUCAACGUUAUUUUCUCAUAUCGCAUCGGACGCUGUGCUGAAGCCUCUAGGCCAUUUUGCACAAUUGCCUCUUGCUGACAAGUAUCCGCCCAUAUGUGCUGGAGAAUAUGUAGAACAAGAGCUGUCCGCGAUUAAUCUUAAAGGAAGCAGAGGAGACCUUUAAUAAGUAUAUUGGUGAAGAAAGGUGAAAUGAUGAAGGAAGAACAUCGGACGUAGAGAGCGAUUUGGUUCUACAUUUUCACUUGAAUUGAACAGAAUAAAGACAUCCCAAGCUGUUGGUAAGGUGCUAAAUAAAUCAAGGCUUAUGCAUAAGAGCCCCAAGUAGCUUGUAUUAGUUUCUCUAGUUUUUGUUAAUUAGCUUUAUAAUUUUGCUUUAUUUCUACCAGUCCACUUGUAUUAAGAACUUUCAAUGUAUCUGUUUUAGUUCACUAAUUACUUAUUGUAGCAACAUUUCAGCA